AUCAACGACCACAGUUAGACAACAUAAACCCCAAAAACCCUAACACCCUUUCGCGUUUUCAUUCCACUCUUUUCUCUUCUUCAUCAACUUCCGCGGCAAUCUUCACACAGAGGCGAAGCGAAGCGAAGCGAAGAUGGUUGGAGACAGAACCAAGAAGCAGAAACUCACCGAAAAUCCCGAAGAAGUUGACGCUGAACUCAUCCUCUCCAUCGAGAAAUUGCAAGAGAUCCAAGAUGACCUCGAAAAGAUUAAUGAUGAAGCGAGUGAUAAGGUUCUCGAAAUUGAGCAGAAGUAUAAUGAGAUUAGGAAGCCGGUUUACGAUAAGCGGAACGAGAUUAUCAAAUCUAUUCCUGAUUUCUGGUUGAAUGCUUUUUUGAGCCAUCCUACCCUCAGUGAACUUCUGAAUGACGAAGAUCAAAAAAUAUUCAAGUAUUUGAGUUCUCUUGAGGUCGAAGAUAAUAAGGAUGUCAAAUCUGGAUACACAAUCACCCUUAAUUUCAAUCCCAAUCCCUAUUUUGAGGAUUCAAAACUUUCAAAGACUUUUACCUUCCGUGAAGAAGGAACAACAGAGAUCACUGCUACCCCCAUAAAAUGGAAAGAGGGCAAGGGAAUACCCAAUGGCGACAAUCAUGAGAAGAAAGGGAACAAAAGGCCUCCUGUUGAUGUCAGUUUCCUUAGUUGGUUUUGUGACUGUGAGCAGAAAGAUGAUAUGGCUGACAUUCACGACGAGCUUGCAGAAUUAAUCAAGGAUGACUUAUGGUCAAAUCCACUCAUUUAUUUCAAUAGUGAGGAGCCUGAUGAAGAGGAUGCCGAUGAUGAAGCUGAUGAUGAGGUAAUGGAAGUUCCGUUUUUCUUGGAAAAAAUAGAGGAAAAAGAUGAGGACGACUCUGAAGAAGAGGAUGACGAAGAGGGUGAUGAUGAGGAAGGCAAUUGAAAAUGCAUUAUGGCAGUGUGACCUUUUUAUUUUUUUGGUUUGAGUAUGUAUUAGGCUUUUGGGCGUGCAGACCAUGGCCUUUCUUUCAGGGCAUUAACUCAUGUCAGCAAGUGAAGCUACACAGGCCAGUUAGUGGUUCUCUGAUCAUAAUUUAUUAUUUACCCUGUCAAGUUAUUUCUGCCAGUUUCACCCAUCGUGCAAUUUUACUGAUACUCAUGGUAUAUUAGGUUUCUCUUUUGGGUUUUUUUUGCUGUGAACUGCAUAGAGAAGUUACUGCAUUUACCAGCUGUUUAGGUAUCUUAGCAUAAAAAGGCUCAUAUGCUAUCUCAUCUGUUUUCUUCCGGCAAGAUAACUGUUGUCGGAAAGAAUCUUUAUGCAUAACUUUACUGGCAACUGAAACAUAAAUGCAUGAUUAUUUAAAUUUA